AUGCAUACCACCGCUCUUCUCCUUCUCCUCUCCUCCAUCGGCGCUCAAGCCGUGCCUCUAUUCCAUGCCCGCUCCAACGACACUCUGGCACGCAGAGAUGAGCAGCCCUACAGCGUCGUCAACGUCGGCGACGAAACCACCACCAGCCAGACUCCCACGGUUGAGACCAUCACCGUCGCCAACAACCCCCCUCAGCCUCCGGUGACUCUCACCGUGACCAAAACGCCCUCGUCGACGCCAGCUUCGUCUGCAUCUGCAUCUGCCACUGCGUCCAACCACUUUGUGCCCCCUGGCUGGACCAUCCCUUCUGUGCCGACUGAAGACCCCGAAGAGUCCGACGAGGACUCCAAGAUCGCUGCUCGGGGUUUCAACCAGACCGAGAGAGCCGCGCGCAACUUCAGACGGUCUGCCGUGGCCAACAGCACCUUGACUCGGGAUCUUCACGCUCGCAGUGAGAACACGACUACGACCUCUGAGUUGCACGCUCGCAGCAACAACACCCUGACUAGAGGCCUCCACGCUCGCGGUGAGAACACGACUAUUACUUCUGAGUUGCACGCCCGCAGCAACAACACCCUGGCCCGUGGUAUCCACGCCCGGAGCGAAAACACUACUCUUCCUGAGUUGCACGCUCGCAGCAAUGGCACCGGACUUGAGGCUCGAUCUCUCUUUUCCCGCGGCAACAACACCGAGUCUAGUCUGCAUGCCCGCAGCGCCAACGUCACUGGCGGUACCGGUCUGUUCAGCCGUGGUGCCCUGAAUGCCACCACCCUCGUUGGUCGAUCGAACAGCACCGUUGUCUAA